AUGAGCUUUAUGAUUUAUGUAAUAAAAAAAACCCCAUAUUUUGGACCCUUAUUGGGUAAUGCAGAGCUUCCGAUUUCUCUGAGUGUAAUAUUUGAACUGAUUGAAUGGAAGAUAUAUUGUUAUACAUCAAGUCUCGAGAAGAUUGCUAAGCAAGAAGACCACAGGUGCAAGGUGAGCCAGAAGUCACUUGACAAAAAUAUGGCGGUGACUGAGAUUGAAGGUUGUUGCACUCAAAAAAUAGAUUCUUCUAUAUUUCCGGUGCUUAAGGUUUUACGGCCAUAUAAAGACAGGGAGGAUGCUUUCCCAAGACAAGCUAUCGGACUU